AUGGAUCGAAAGCUCAAGACUCGAACGGCCUCCGAACGGAAUACCUCGCAGUUCCCGGACAUUUUGAAGCGAUUCCGAUCACUUCGAAAUACCGACAAAGUCUGCCUGCCAAAAGAGGAAAAGGAGAAUGAGGACCCGACCAAGCCGGAUUGCCGGCCCGGAGGGUCUAAGCGCAAAAUCGACUUUAAGCCGCGCAGCAAGAGCUGUCUGAAGCCGGUGACGAGAUUCGUGACAAAGUUGUCGAAGCGCUACAAUGACAAUGAUGGUAAGAAGGGCGUAAAAAGAAGUAAAGUGGAAGCUCUAAGCAAAAAUCUUGCAUACAACAAAACCUGUUUAUAGCAAACUAUUUUAGAGGCCCUAAGAGUUAAUAUAAGACCAAAAUGAACCUCUGUACAGUAAAGCCUUUCUAUAACGAAUCUUUUUUCUUAGCACUUUGGGGUCCUUUCUACAGAGUUUUUGGCUGUAGUAUCAGCCGAAAUGCAGUGGAAGCUCUGAGCAAAAAACUUUUGUACAACAAAACCUGGCUAUAG